AUUAGAUUUUAAAUAUUUUCCAGUUUCCGUUGAGCACUCAGUAAAAAGUUAGAAAUACACCAGUCAACAGCAAAAUCAUCAUGCUAAAUUUAGCAAGUGCACUGAAUGCUGGUAACCAGCAAAAAUUUCAAUAUAUUAUCGUGAUGGAUCUUGAAGCCACAUGCUGGACAAAAAAAAUUCGAGACUGGCAGAAACAUGAAAUUAUUGAAUUUCCAGCCGUGCUUCUAAAUUUGGCCACCGGUAAGAUAGAAGCAGAAUUCCAGCAGUACGUCAAGCCAGUCGAGAUUCCUAAACUGAGUAAGUUUUGUAUAGAACUAACCGGAAUCGGCCAACAGCAGGUGGAUGCCGGGGUGUCCUUGAGUACUUGCAUUGGACUGUUCGAUAAAUGGCUGAAGCAAAUUCUCGCGGAACGUAAUAUAUUCCUACCGAAAACAAAUCCAAAUGAUCAACACGGAAGUGUUGCGUUUGCAACAUGGUCCGACUGGGAUUUGGGAGUGUGCUUGAAAAAAGAAUGCACACGAAAACAACUCUCCAAACCGGCCUACUUCGAUUCAUGGAUUGACGUUAAAUCGAUUUACAUGGAAUUUUAUAAGUACCACCGCCCACCAAACUUUCCAGAUUCACUUAGAAACCUGGGUAUGGUUUUUGAGGGAAGAGCACACUGGAUUGGACGAUUCGCGCAACCUAGCUAAGAUGAUAGUACGUAUGUGCCAGGAUGGCGUAAAAUUCAAAAUCACAAAACAGUUGUAAUCAA